GCCCAGCAGGCACCCGUCGCUGGCCCCUGGCGGCCUGGGCCCCAGGAUGCAGGAUGAAGAGAACAGCUUUCCACUGUUGGAGGCCAACACCGGGGAGACCGAGGCCUCGGAGCCGUGGGACUAUGUCCUCGUGGCUGAUCGUGCCCAGACAAACCCUGAGCGGGACCAGCAGCGGCAGCGGUUCCUGGAGGAGCUGAGGAGGAAGGGCUUCCACAUCAGGACGAGGCAGGACCGGGAGAAGUUGUUCUUUGGGGUCCGAGCCGACAGCGGGAUCUUCGCCCUGUACCGCACCCUCCUCGGGGAGCCCGGGGGACCCGCCCCCAGGAUCCAGCCCAGCACGCGAAUCCGUAUUGUCAAAUUUGUCCUGAAUGGCAAGACGGCCAACGGGGAGACUUUCGAUGACUUGGUGAAGGAGGGGGUCUUUGAGAUCAGUUUUCCCCUGCACAAGGAGGAGAAAACCCUGAAGAAAUGGGCCCGGUGGAGAAGCAUGUGCAGCAAGCAGCCGAUUGAUAACAUCAGGGACUACUUUGGCGAGAAGGUGGCUCUGUACUUCGCCUGGCUGGGCUGGUACACCACCAUGCUGGUGCCGGCCGCCGUGGCGGGCGUCCUCGUCUUCCUCAGCGGCUUCUCCCUCUUCCACGCCAGCCAGAUCAGCAAGGAGAUCUGUGAGGCCCACGACAUCUUCCUGUGUCCUCGCGGGGACCACGGACGCAGCUUCCAGCGGCUGUCGGACACCUGCACCUUCGCCAAGCUCACCCACCUCUUUGACAACGAGGGAACGGUGCUGUUCGCCAUCUUCAUGGCCUUGUGGGCCACGGUGUUCCUGGAGAUCUGGAAACGGCAGCGAGCCCGCGUGGUCCUGCACUGGGACCUGUACGGCUGGGACGAGGAGCAGGAGGAGAUGGCGCUGGAGCUGAUUAACUGCCCCCAGCACAAGCUGCGGCUGCACCAGCACUCCUACCUGCGCAGUGCCACCAUCCUCGUGCUGUCGCUGCUCGUGAUCUGCCUCAUGAUCGGCAUGGCCCACGUCCUUGUCGUCUACCGCGUCCUGGCUGCCGCCCUCUUCAGGAACUCAGCCUGGCCCUUCCUGGAGCAGCAGGUGACCACAGUCGUGGUGGCCACAGGUGCCCUCGUGCACUAUGUCACCAUCGUGGUCAUGACCAAGAUCAACAGGUGUGUGGCCCAGAAGCUUUGUGACUUAGAGCAGCCGAGGACUUUAUCAGAGCGGGAGAGCAAAUUCACCGUCAAGUUCUUCACCCUGCAGUUCUUUGCACACUUCUCCUCGCUCAUCUACAUCGCCUUCAUCCUGGGCAGGAUCAACGGUCACCCUGGGAAGUCCGUGCGUCUGGCGGGUUUGUGGAAGCUGGAGGAGUGCCACCUCAGCGGCUGCAUGAUGGACCUGUUCGUGCAGAUGGCCGUCAUCAUGGGUCUGAAGCAGACGCUCAGCAACUGCGUGGAGUACCUGCGCCCGUGGCUGGCCCUCCGGCUGAGGCUCCGGCGGCAGAGGCGCGCGUGCCGGGACGCGGAGCUGCGGGCGUGGCGGCGCGACUACCUGCUCAACCCGGUCACCGUCUUCAGCCUGUUCGACGAGUUCAUGGAGAUGAUGAUGCAGUACAGCUUCACCACCAUCUUCGUGGCCGCCUUCCCGCUGGCCCCGCUGCUCGCGCUCUUCAGCAACGUGGUGGAGAUCCGGCUGGACGCCAUCAAGAUGGUCCGGCUGCAGCGGCGCCUCGUGCCGCGCAAGGCCAAGGACAUUGGGACUUGGCUGCAGGUGCUGGAGACCAUCGGGGUGCUGGCCGUCAUCGCCAACGGCAUGGUGAUCGCCUUCACGUCCGAGUUCAUCCCCCGGGUGGUCUACAAGUACCGCUACGGCCCAUGCCAACGAGGGGCCCACCCUGCCAUCGACUGUCUCACAGGCUACGUCAACCACAGCCUGUCCGUGUUCUACACCAAGGACUUCAGGGACCCCGUCCAGAUGGAGGGCUGGGAGACUGUGACCGAGUGCAGGUACCGCGACUACCGCAACGCUCAUGACUACAACCCUUCCGAGCAGUUCUGGUUCCUGCUGGCCAUCCGCCUGGCCUUUGUCAUCCUCUUUGAGCACGUGGCCCUGUGCAUUAAGCUCAUUGCUGCCUGGUUUGUGCCCGAUGUCCCUCAGUCGGUGAAGAACAAAGUCCUGGAGGAGAAGUACCAGAGACUCCUGGACAAGCUGUGGUACGGGGGGCAGAGGCUGGGGCAGGGGCGGGGCAAGACCCCGAUCCCCACCAACCUCACACCACCCCCCAGCUCCAGCCCUAAGAGCACAGACGUGUAGGGGUCGCGGAGCAGGUCGAGAGGUGCUGACGCCGACCGGAGCCGAGAUCCAGAGCCACUGACCGCCCCUCUGGGGUUGUGGGGUGGGGGAUUGGGGGUUCUGGGUCUGCAAGCACGUUCCAUCUAUCAGGCCUGAGGCUUGGCCCAGCCCUGACAUGAACUCUAGGCAACCCCUGCCCCCAUUUUUCUCCCAGGACCUGGGACUGGGGGUGCCACCCUUAGAACUGAGGGUUGGGGUCUUCCCGUGAAGUCACCAUGCAGGGACACCAGGAUACAUUUUCCUAGUAAAUAACUCAGUCAGGCCCCCCAAGGGGAUCUGGGGCCCAGAUCCUGCCUCCACCCUGCUGGACGCGGCGGUGGGGGGCACACCCUCUCUGGCCUCUCUCUCAGCUGAACCUUCUGUAAUAAAAUAGAGCCAUU